UUCUCUCAAAACCCACAAUCAAAAACCAGCGCACGCCUCUGUUCUAGACUACUCCAAACGAACCCACGUUCACAGCAGUACACACGACGAGACUGAGAGGUUUUGCAGAAAAUUAAAACAUUCAUGAUUCUUCCAUCCAAAACGUAAAAAUGGAAAUCUGAAAUAGUGAAACUUCUCCAUUUUCAGAUCAUCACAAAACGAGAUUGAUCGUCUCUAGAAUCUCAAAAUUUCUUGUCUUUGGUAGAGGGUUAUGUGAUGUUGGGGAGAUAGGGUGAUAUGAAAGCCGAAUGCUUCCAAGGCCUAUUUACUGUAACUUGUCACCAAGGGUAUAUCAAAACGAAUUUUAACAGCCAGUGAGGCUAUAAGUAAUGAAAUGGGACAUGCAAUGAGUAGGCUUGAACUAGAUGCUGAGGCUGAGCUAUGUGAUGGUGGGAAUACCUCCAAUAUGGCUUGUGAGAGUCAUUUUGUUUGUCGGGGAAACAAAGAGCCAUUAUUUCAUCUUGAUCAUGGAAUUGCUCAUCUCACCAAGCUUAGAUCACGACCCCAUGAAUUCUUGAGUCAUGUGGCACCUGGUAGGAAGGAGUUUCCUGUCUCUGUGGUGAAGAUGUUAGCUGGUCGAGAAGGUAACUAUUCUAGGAGAGGAAGAUUCUCUUCAGCUGAUUGUUGUCAUAUGCUCAGCAGAUAUUUGCCUGCAAAAGGUCCAUGGAAAGUGGACAAGAUGAAUAGCCGAGCUUAUGUUUCCCAGUUUUCUGCUGAUGGUUCCAUUUUUGUUGCUGGGUUUCAGGGAAGCCACAUUAGAAUAUAUGACGUGGAUAGUGGAUGGAAAGUUCAGAAAGAUAUUCUUGCAAAAAACUUGCAAUGGACUAUAACUGAUACAUCUCUUUCCCUGGAUCAGCGCUAUCUUGUUUAUGCCAGUAUGUCACCUGUUGUCCAUAUUGUGAAUGUUGGAUCUUCUGCAAUGGAGUCAGUUGCAAAUGUUACUGAGAUUCAUGAUGGUUUGGAUUUCUCUAUUGAUGAUGAUGGGGAAUACUCUUUUGGGAUAUUCUCUGUAAAAUUUUCAACUGAUGGGCGAGAGCUUGUUGCUGGAAGUAAUGAUGAUUCAAUAUAUGUUUAUGACCUUUAUGCAAAUAAGCUUACCCUUAGAAUUUCAGCACAUAAGGUAUCAUAGUUUUCUAUUAUCAUA